GGGGGGAGGGUGGUAGGUGGAGAAAGAAGACAUUGCCGCCACCGAAGGCGGAGGAGGGGGAGGACCGCCAAGAGCGACGCCGCCGUGUGCCCAACGGUCGGUGUCCCCGGCUGAGGCAGCGCGGCCGCAGCAGCCCCGUGCUUUCCUGCUACAGAGGCAUAGUUGAGUAGCUGCCACAGAGAUCAUAUGGCCUGCAAAGCCUAAAAUGUUGACACCUACACUAGGGGUGUGAUUUAUCCCAACAGUGAGAAUGGAUCCAAAGAGCUAAGAGCCCUCUUAAAAUUAUCCAGAGGUUCUUUAACUUAUGUGACCUCAUCUAUGUGGACUACUGAUAAAAACCUGAAAGUAAGCAAAAAGGUUUGAUCUGUGGAUGAAAUGAAUCAUGAUUUUCAAGCUCUUGCAUUAGAAUCUCGGGGAAUGGGAGAGCUUUUGCCUACCAAAAAGUUUUGGGAACCUGAUGAUUCAACAAAAGAUGGACAAAAAAGCAUAUUUCUUGGGGAUGAUGAAUGGAGAGAGACUGCAUGGGGAACUUCUCACCAUUCAAUGUCCCAGCCUAUUAUGGUACAGAGAAGAUCUGGACAGGGUUUUCAUGGAAACAGUGAAGUAAAUGCAAUACUGUCUCCGCGAUCAGAAAGUGGAGGCCUUGGUGUGAGCAUGGUAGAAUAUGUACUAAGUUCUUCUCCUGCUGAUAAAUUGGAUUCUCGAUUUAGGAAGGGAAAUUUUGGCACUAGAGAUGCUGAAACAGAUGGACCUGAGAAAGGAGAUCAAAAAGGCAAGGCUUCUCCGUUUGAGGAGGACCAAAACAGAGAUCUUAAACAAGAUGAUGAUGAUUCUAAAAUAAAUGGCAGAGGUUUGCCAAAUGGAAUGGAUGCCGAUUGCAAAGAUUUUAAUCGUACUCCUGGAAGUCGUCAAGCCUCUCCAACUGAAGUAGUUGAGCGUCUGGGCCCCAAUACUAACCCCUCAGAAGGACUGGGGCCCCUUCCUAAUCCUACAGCUAAUAAACCACUUGUUGAAGAAUUUUCAAAUCCUGAAACUCAGAAUCUGGAUGCCAUGGAACAAGUUGGUCUGGAAUCCUUACAGUUUGACUAUCCUGGUAAUCAGGUACCAAUGGACUCUUCAGGAGCUACUGUAGGCCUUUUUGACUACAAUUCCCAGCAGCAGCUCUUUCAGAGGACUAAUGCACUAACAGUUCAGCAGUUAACUGCAGCUCAACAGCAGCAAUAUGCAUUAGCAGCAGCUCAGCAGCCACAUAUAGCUGGUGUAUUCUCAGCAGGCCUUGCUCCAGCUGCAUUUGUGCCAAAUCCAUACAUUAUUAGUGCUGCUCCUCCAGGGACUGAUCCAUAUACUGCAGCAGGAUUGGCUGCAGCAGCUACAUUAGCAGGUCCAGCGGUGGUUCCACCUCAGUAUUAUGGUGUUCCAUGGGGGGUGUAUCCUGCCAACUUAUUUCAGCAACAGGCUGCAGCUGCGGCAAAUAACACAGCCAAUCAGCAAGCAGCAUCACAAGCUCAGCCUGGACAGCAACAGGUUCUCCGUGCUGGAGCAGGUCAGCGUCCUCUUACUCCCAAUCAGGGUCAGCAAGGGCAGCAAGCAGAAUCACUUGCAGCAGCUGCAGCAGCAAAUCCAACUUUGGCUUUUGGUCAGGGUCUUGCUACUGGCAUGCCAGGCUAUCAAGUACUAGCUCCAACUGCCUAUUAUGAUCAGACUGGUGCCUUAGUGGUUGGCCCUGGAGCAAGGACUGGCCUUGGAGCUCCAGUUCGAUUAAUGGCUCCAACACCUGUUUUAAUUAGUUCAGCGGCAGCACAAGCUGCAGCAGCAGCAGCAGCUGGAGGAACUGCAAGUAGCCUUACAGGCAGCACAAAUGGUCUGUUUCGGCCACUUGGCACUCAGCCACCACAGCAGCAGCAACAACAGCAGCCAAGCACUAAUCUGCAAUCUAAUUCAUUUUAUGGAAGUAGUUCUUUGACUAAUAGCUCCCAGAGUAGUUCUUUAUUUUCUCAUGGACCUGGUCAACCUGGAAGUACAUCUCUUGGCUUUGGAAGUGGUAACUCUUUGGGUGCUGCUAUAGGCUCAGCCCUCAGUGGAUUCGGGUCAUCAGUUGGCAGUUCUGCAAGUAGUAGUGCCACAAGGAGAGAGUCUCUAUCUACUAGCUCUGACUUGUACAAAAGAUCUAGUAGCAGCCUAGCACCCAUAGGGCAACCAUUUUACAAUAGUCUGGGAUUUUCCUCCUCUCCAAGUCCAAUAGGCAUGCCUCUGCCAAGCCAAACUCCAGGACAUUCACUUACGCCACCGCCAUCACUUUCAUCACAUGGAUCCUCAUCCAGUUUGCAUUUAGGAGGACUGACAAAUGGUAGUGGUCGAUAUAUCUCUGCAGCACCUGGAGCAGAAGCAAAAUAUCGAAGUGCAUCAAGCACUUCCAGUCUAUUUAGUUCCAGCAGCCAGCUCUUUCCUCCUUCUCGGCUUCGGUAUAAUAGGUCUGAUAUUAUGCCUUCUGGCCGCAGUAGACUAUUGGAAGAUUUCAGAAACAACCGCUUCCCAAACCUUCAACUUAGAGACUUGAUUGGACAUAUAGUUGAAUUUUCUCAAGACCAGCAUGGUUCUAGAUUCAUACAGCAAAAACUAGAAAGAGCUACUCCAGCUGAGCGACAGAUGGUAUUUAAUGAAAUUCUGCAGGCAGCCUAUCAAUUAAUGACUGAUGUUUUUGGCAACUAUGUUAUACAGAAGUUUUUUGAGUUUGGGAGUCUGGAUCAAAAAUUAGCCCUGGCUACUCGUAUUCGUGGUCACGUUCUACCCUUAGCCUUGCAGAUGUACGGCUGCCGAGUUAUUCAGAAAGCAUUAGAAUCUAUUUCAUCUGACCAGCAGGUAAUUAGUGAAAUGGUAAAGGAGCUGGAUGGUCAUGUGCUGAAAUGUGUGAAAGAUCAAAAUGGAAACCAUGUUGUACAAAAAUGUAUCGAAUGUGUUCAGCCACAGUCACUGCAGUUCAUCAUUGAUGCUUUCAAGGGACAAGUAUUUGUGCUUUCAACUCAUCCUUAUGGCUGCAGAGUAAUUCAGCGCAUCCUAGAGCAUUGCACUGCAGAACAGACCUUACCUAUCUUAGAAGAACUCCACCAACAUACAGAGCAGUUGGUACAGGAUCAGUACGGAAAUUAUGUUAUUCAGCAUGUACUGGAACACGGUCGACCUGAAGACAAGAGCAAAAUUGUUUCCGAAAUCAGAGGAAAGGUUUUAGCCCUGAGUCAACACAAAUUUGCCAGCAAUGUAGUAGAAAAGUGUGUUACUCAUGCCUCCCGUGCUGAGAGAGCUUUACUGAUUGACGAGGUUUGCUGCCAGAAUGAUGGUCCUCACAGUGCCUUAUACACCAUGAUGAAGGACCAGUAUGCCAAUUAUGUGGUUCAAAAGAUGAUUGAUAUGGCUGAACCUGCUCAGAGAAAGAUAAUCAUGCAUAAGAUUCGACCUCACAUUACUACUUUGCGCAAAUACACAUAUGGGAAGCAUAUACUGGCCAAGCUGGAAAAGUAUUAUUUGAAGAAUAGCCCAGAUCUAGGACCUAUUGGAGGACCACCAAAUGGAAUGCUGUAAAUUACAGAAGCAAGAGAAAGAAGAUAAUUUAACCAUGUGAAAAGAUUUUUGUGUGUGUGUGAAUUAUCAAAACACAACUCAACUAUGAAUCUUCAAUUUUUUUUUUAAAACAAAACUAUUUAUUGACUUUAUUCAUCCAUUUGUAAAUUUUUUAAGGUUCUUGUGUAUAUUUGGGGGGUGGGGGAUGAAUUAUAAAUUAUAUUCAGCCCUGAGUGGAGACCUAUCAGAUUGGAUUGCUGGCAAAGCACAGAAUGCCUGUAUAUGAUGUAACUGUAUCAAAAAUAAAAAGCUGUCUCAUAUUUUGUAAAUUUUUACCUUGUAAAGUCACAAAAAUAGUUUUUAAAGGAAAAAGUACAGUAUUCUUUUAAUAAACUGGCUCACAGUCUGGUAGGUCUACAACCCCAUAGCACAACAGGUUUAUAGAGAUGUAUAUAGAAUUAUAGUCCUUAUUUUUUUCCUUUGUGUGAGACCUUUUAUAACAGAUUAACAAUCAACUGCAUAAAUAUUAUUAAUAUUUUAAAAAGAGUUAAGUUGUAUUUUGGUAAUUCACAAACUAUCAUGCAAAUAAUGAGCAAGUAAGACAAGAAUAAAAUGAUUUGAGAUGAAAAGAACAUUAUUUACAGUAGAUAUGGUUUUAAUACAAAUACUGCCCUAAAAUGUCUCUGGCAAUGUACAAAAAUAUUGUAUAUACUUACAUAUGUAAUUGUUGUAAGAGUUAAGAAAUACAAAAUCAUGGUGACACUUCCAAUUAAGUGCACUAAAUGAAAAGUUAAGUCAUAUAUUAACUUUUCAGUUUGGUUUGCAAUGAGAAAGAGUGAAAAUUUGUGUUUUGUUUUGCUUAGAAUUACAAAGACAUGUUGAGGAAGUGUUGAGUUUUAUUUUGCUUUUUCAUAGAGGCAGAAAGUAGGAACCAGAUAGAGGUGAAAAGGGGCCACUGAAAAGUGAAUUUGAUAGCUCAGCAUUUACGCAUGAUUACAUAUUCAGAUAGCUCUUUUUGCUUUCUAUAAAUAUAUGCAUUGUGUGUGUAGUAAUAGAUGUAAGUUUACACUUUGAAAGGAAAUCUUGUUUCAAUGUUUAUUAUAAAAGCCUUGCUUAAUUUGGUAGUGAUGCUUUCCUUGGUUGUACAGGUGUACAUUUGUAAACCUUCAUGCUGUAAAUGAAAUUUGUUUUAUCUCUUUGGGAUACAUUUGCAUUUUAGUGUACAUUUAUGUCCCUGCCCUCUUUGACCUGGCAAUAUAGUGUUGUAUAAUGUAAAUUUAUUUCUCCAAACCGAGAGUGAUUUUUUUAAAAUUUUUUAUCUUUAUAUGGUUUCAGAAGUAUGAACCAGGUUUCUUUUUAUUAUUGUGAGAUCAUUUUGUUUUAUAACAUAGUUGUUGACUGUUAAUAUGGACAUGCUAGAAUUUGGAUCACUUUCAAUUGAAGUCAGGGUAUUGUGCAUAACAGAAAGUAUUGGACUGAGAUAUUUGGUUACCAUGGAGGCCAAUGCUUUUUUCAUCUUAUUAAAUGUGAUGUGACUUUUUUCUUUGUACAGAAGAGUACUGUAUUUUUGAAUAGCCUACUCCCAAGUAAGAGCAAAUCUGUAUGAUAACAUUUUUUUCUCUGGACAUAAGACAUAACAGUAACACGAUGUACAUUUACAAGCGGCCUUAUGUACAUUUCCCAACAAUCUUUUUAAGGCAAAAUUGUGACCAUAUGUGUAUAAUUAAAAUCAUUUUUAAUCCUUUGCCUAUGAAAAUAUUUUGGAAAAAAAACUUGCUGUGUAUAUUCAGUUUCUGAAAGAUAAAGAAAGUGCUUUGUAUUUUGUUGAAGUCAGUAUUUUGUAUAAACAUUUCUGUUGACCCACUUAUGUUUAGUGCUGAAAACUAAAAUGAACAUACUAUCUCUGUCAGCUGAAUAUGGAAGAGAUCUGUUUUUACUAGAGAUCUGCAGAAGAAAAGCUAUCUUCUGAGCACAGUGUGGAAUCUAAAGGUUUUAUCACUUAGUUGUUCAUAUUAUGAACCUAAAAAUAAUGGCAUAAAGUUUGGGGAUGCCAGGCAUACCUUUUCAUGUUUGGUGUUUAGUUAUUUUAGUUUUCAAACCCAACAUUCCUUGGUGAGGCCAUUAAAUCCAAAUACUUGUCGCUGUUCCAUCUGAUAGUCACACAGGGUCAUCAACAUGUACCAGUCACUGUAGCAGCACCUUUUUUUUUUUUAACCCACACAAAGCCGCGCUCUCACUUUUUCCUACUUUGCCAACCUCAGAGUAUUUCGGCCCAUGUUAAGACUUUUGUUCCCAGUGUCAGCCCAUGGUUUCAGGAUCAAAGCUGUCAUGUUGGAGAUUGGUAAUGACUUUCCUGUCUUUGUACAGUUGAAUUCCUAGUCUUCCUUCAUCCUUGCUGUCUGUUGGCAGAGGCAUUAUCUCUGCAAUUUUAGAAAAUGACAAGUACUAGAGAAUAUUACAUUGAGAAACUAAACCCUCGGGAUUCUGAUACUCCCACGUGUCCCAGUGCUGACAACCCAGUCUUUCCAAUACUUUCAGGCCUGCUCUACAAAAAUAACUUCUUGUAGAAGUUUUACAGUUUGCCAUUUUGGGUACCCACCCCAAUUUUUACCUUUUAGUAAGUUGGCAUGAAAUUUUGGUAAAAUCUGAAAAUGACAUUUCAGAAUAAAGAAACAAUUGGGCUAAACUACCUAGGCUUUACUUGAGUGUCUCCUUUUGAUAUGGAUUGUUUCUGGACCAGUUUGUCUUAAGUCCUGGCUCUUAAUUGGUUCAUAUGAAAUAAUGUUUAACUUCACUUCUUUGUAUAUUAUGUAUAAAUUAGAAAAUGAAAAAUGUGUGAAUAACAUUGUAUGAAAUAAA